UUCGUUUUCGUCGUCAGUUAAAUUGCGAACGUGUCCGCGCGCGCAACGUUCUAUCGUUUUCUUUUUCUCUUCUUUCUCGCUUCGUUUCGCUAUACUUAAAUUUUCCUUUCGCUUCGCGUCGUGACCAGGAACACGCGCAUGCGAGUUCAUUUAAAAAAAAAAAUAAAGAGACAAUAAAGAGAGAAAGAUAAAAAAGAAAAAUAGAGAGAGAGAGAGAGAGAGAGAGGUGGAAAAUAGCCAGAGAAUAAAUAGCACAUUGGUAGCUAGCAGAAAUUCAGUAAUAUUAUAGUAGUAUAGUACUAUUUCUCGCCUCUCUCAAAGUAGCAUUACGGAAAUAGACGUCUUGUGAAGAAGAAGGAGAAGAGAAGUGUAAAGAGAGAGAUAAAGAGAGAGAGAGAGAGAGAGAGAGAGAGAGAGAGAGCGCUCCUAGAAGGAAAGUGAAAAGAGAAAGAGAGAGAGAGAGAGAGAGAGAGAGAGAGAGACUACAAAUUUACAAGUUUAUACUCUCAAGAAAAAAGAUAAAAGCUCUUAAGCAGGAUGAAGGGUUUAACUUUGUCAUUUUUAAUUCUGACGACUGUGGCAACGAUAACAAAGGUAGCGUGGUGUCACGAGCCCUUCCAAGUGAUAUUCCAAUGGAACACGAUAGAUGUGGUCUGGCCGACGGAAGACAUGCGCCAAUUAGCCAUUCGAAAGGGCGAUUACAUACCAGCGAACAAUUUGAUAGCAGGUAUUAAGUUUUGGAAAAAUAAAAUGUAUUUAACGAUACCAAGGUGGAAGGACGGAGUGCCCGUAACAUUGGGAGUCACAUCGGCGAUACCAAUCGAAAGAAAUACGGCACCAAAAUUAGAGGCUUUUCCUAAUUGGAACAUGCAAAAGAUUGGCGACUGUAACGCUUUUCAAUUGGUUCAUAGUAUGGAGAUAGAUCCGAAGGGUCGAAUGUGGGUACUUGACACUGGAAGGCCCGCUGCCUUGACCUUGGACGUUAAGUCCGAGUGUAGGCCUCGCUUGGUCAUCCUCGACCUUGAGAAUAAGGGUGAAAUACUUCGUAGUUACGAGUUCCCGGAAGAUGUUGCCCCUCGUAACACGGCCUACCUCAACGACAUCGUUUUAGAUCACGAGGACGGUGGUAUGGCUUAUAUAACUGACAACGGGAAUGCUGAUCCCGGUAUUAUCGUUUAUUCUUUAAAGAAUAAUACAUCUUGGAAGAUCAGACACGAAUCGAUGAAGGCUAAAGCCGAGGCCGUGGGAUUCAUGGUCGCAAAAACUCAUGUAAUAUUACCGAUUCACGUAGAUGGAAUCGCACUCUCACCGGCGAGUAGCAAGGAUAGACAGGUCUAUUAUUCUCCCAUAUCCUCUUUUCAUCUUUACUCCUUGCCUACUUCCGUUUUAAAGAAUAAUACGAAAGAUGUAGAUCGAUAUGUUAAAGAACUUGGCCGAAAAAGCUCCCAAACCGAUGGUAUGGCAAUGUCCGCCGCCGGUGUACUUUAUUUCGGUCUUCUCGCCGAUGACGCUGUUUCUACCUGGGAUACCAAACAGUCGAACUCUUUCACAACUGGUCAAAGGAUCAUAUCGAGGGAUCACAUUCACAUGCAAUGGCCCGAUACGUUCGCUUUUGACGAGGACGGUAACUUUUAUUGCGUUACCAAUUCAUUUCAAAACUUUAUCAACAAUCGCGUAGACAUAAAUGUGCCCAAUUAUCGUGUUAUAAAGACACGUGCGUUAUCCAAGAGUUAUCAAUAUUUCGAAGACGGCUCGACACCAGAACUACCAGAUAUCACCGCUGGCGCCGGUACACUUUCCUACAUUCUUCCAUCGCUGUUAUUACCUCUUUUUCUUCUCCAUCUUUUUAAUUAAUUCUACAUCCAUCCAUUCAUCCAUCCAUUCAUACAUCCAUUCAUCCAUACAUGCAUUCAUACAUCCAUUCAUCCAUUCGUUCAUCCAUUUCUUUCGAUUCAUCGUAAAAUCCAUGCGUUCGAACGUAUAUAUAUAUAUUUUUAGUCGAUUAUUCGUCAACGACGUCUCGAAGCUCGGAUGAUCUGUUACGGUUUUUUUUUUCAAGCAUUAAAGAAUUAAUUGAGGAUGGGUCUUAAUAUCAAUGGAAGGCUGUACAAAUAUCUUGACCUAUAUACGAUGUAUAUACAUACAUACAUACAUAUGUACCUAUUAACGAAGGAGAUUUCGUUUGAGCUACAAUCGUCGAUCUUACAUAUGAAACAAAAAUGCAAAUAACGAAGGAUAUAUAUAGAAUGAACGAAAAAGGAAAAGAAAAAUAACAAGAAAAAAGAAAAGAACAAAAAUUUCGAUUCAAGUAGUGCGAAUAUUCGACUUCGUCUUUUCAUCUUCUUAAUAUUAUAUCGAUUUAAUGUAUUCUCUAUGCAUAAAUGCUAUGUCGUAAGAUAUAUUCUAGAUCAAAUUAAUCAAGAUUUUCGAAAACAAUGAGGAUUUGAAAGUUGACAUUCCAAUAAAAAUAUAAUCUCCUUGUCAACCAGUUAAAAUUAUCUCGAGAAUAACGACAUAGCAAGAGUCGCGACGCUUAUCUCUUAAUUUUUUUAAUUUUUUAACCUUUGGUUUUAUAAUUGUCAAAAGAAAAGAAAAAAAAAAGAGAAAAAGGUAAAAAAGAAAAGAAAAUAUACAUAAUAACAACGAGCAGGUUGUAAAAAAAGCACUAAUGAAAACCUGAAAUCUCUACGAAAUUACAUUUUCAGAUAAUACCAAUAUAUCAAGAUGAAAAAAAUCAAACGAAAGUAAAAAAUUUAAAAACAAAAAGACACGAAUGGUGACAACGAACGCACGACCUCGUUUCACGCGUAAACUUUGACUAGAGGUUCGAGAUUAGAGAGAAAUGACAACGUUACGCGAUCGUCUAACGACAGAAGGAAAAAAGGGAAGAAAGAUAGAGAGAGAGAGAGAGAGAGAGAGAGAGAGAGAGAGAGAGAGAGAGAGAGAGAGAGAGAUAGAAUGAGAAAAAGAGAAAGAGAAAGAAAGAGAAUCGUGAGUAGAACUUAUUGUCAGUAGCCAAGAACAUUCUUCUUGCGCAUUGAACGUGUGAGAGAAAAGGAAGAAAGAUAAACUGGCGUGGCAAGCUCCCGGGUUACUUUGUUACUUUGACCCAAGCAGAAAAACAUGCUUGCCUUUAUAAUCAUCUUACUUUUAAUUGUAGUUUCUUAAUAUAUCUAUGUCAACGUGUUUGCAAUUCACAAUAUUCCACCUUUUCAAACCGUUAUGGGAACGACUGUCGUCUUUGAUAAUAUCAAAUCUGAUGUUCAAAAGCACAAGUAGCUUUGAAUUUCAAUAGCAUCAGAUAUAUCAUGAAUGAUUCUAGUCUCAUCCAACGUAUAUUGGAUAACGUCAAAACAAAUACAAAAGAAAUGUCUACUAGAAUACAAAUCGUUCAUCAAAUCUUUUAUCGCGAUUCCUUAGUUACGUAUUUCAAAAAAAAAAAAAAAAAACAAGAAGAAAUGUCUGUGAAGAAUAAAUCACGAUCUAUCGAUUAACGAGUUAGACAAUAAUCGAAAGGUUUAAAUAAGCUUGAAAAUAUAGUUUCUCUUGAAUCUUUAUUUUAUGUCAUUGACAAUUAUUUGAAUGAAUGGUUAACAAAUCUUUAUUAAUAUUUAAAUGAAAAAUCUUAUUAAAAAUUAAAUCUUAUUAAAAGAUUAGAAAAAAUAAAAAUGGAGAAUAAUUAAUUCGGCAUAAAUAUUCAUUAAAAAGAAUAUAUAUAUAUAUAUAUAUAUAUAUAUACAUGCAUAUGUAUAUAAUAUUUUAUACGAUUAUAAAAUCGAUCAACAAGUACAAAACGUUGAAGUCAUUUAUUUAAAAAAGGAAAUAUUGCGAAGAAGGUUGUUCUAUCUCUCACUUUCUCGUUUAAAAGCGUUUCUCACAAUUGUGUUUGCCUUUCGAUACGCACAACGAUUCGCGUUCCACUUUUCUUCUCUCUCUCUCUUUCUCUCUCUCUCUUUCUCUUUCUUUCUGUCUCUUUCUUGUAGAUAGGUACUUCAAACGGAAAAGAAGACAUCGCCUUGCCUCGCCUCGUUUCAUCUUCUAAAUGAUGCCAAAGCGUGUGCGGGCGCGCGCGCGCGAGGGUGAGGUUCUUCAAGUGACGAAAUCUUUCUUGUGAGAACGCUCUCGUAAUCUCUUGCAAUAGAUAAACCACGAUCCCACCCAGAGAUAGAUAUUAAUUCGAGAUAACGUUUAUACAAUGUAAGGAGAUCUCACCCUCAUUACGCUUUACAUUAAAUUCUAUUUGAAUCGAAUAAACGAUCGAAAGGCCGAUAAUAACACAUGAAAAA